GUCAAAAGUGACCUCUAUAUCUAAAUUUGAUAAAGUUUUUUUUUGAAUCAACACGUGCUUCCCUUUUUUAAAGAUAAACAAGUGAUAUUUUGACAUACAUUUUUAAAGCUGACAAUUGUUACUGAAAGCAAAAAAAAAAAAUGAAGCCUGAAGAAGAAAAUCCGCAGGAAUUAAAAAUGCAAUUACCGUUACUUACAAAUAAAUUCCGAACUCCCACAGUAUAUUGGUAUCAAACUGAUAAUAAAAUUGUGCUACGGAUUAUGCUAGCUAAUGUAAACAAAUACUUUUUAUUCGUGGAUUUCGAUCAUAUCAGAUAUAGUACGAUCCAUGAAGAUAAAUCCUAUUACUUAUGUUUAUAUUUUUUUGGAGCUAUCAUUCCCGGAAAAAUAAUCAACCUAAACCUGGAACGAGAAAUAAGAAUACACAUACCGAAAGCUCACAAAUUUCUACAAUGGCCAAGACUUCAAUACCAUCGAUCCAAACCCCCACAAAUAAUGGCUGAUCCAGAGAAAUAUGACGAUAUAAAGCUAGUCUUUAACACAGAAGAUGUUUUCGAAGCGUCAUGGGAUGGUUUACAAGAAAAUAAAGAACCUCGUGAGGCAUUGAUGCCAGCAGGUUUUUGGUCAUCAGACGAUGAUGAUGAGUCAGAUGACGAAAGGGAUAAUAUUUUAUAUGAUUAAUUACCACAUAAACAAAAGUUUUCCGGAAACUGGCAGAUAUCCAGCGGUUCUGCAGAAUGGCUUUAAUGGAUGAUGGUGGUUUAUCAACUUCAUCAAAUGCGUCCAAAAGUAUAAAAUCGAUUAGGACAUCAUAGAAGUUGAUAC